AUGUCGAAACAUGGCUAUAGGCCCUGUUCCUCACAAUGGGCAUCUCCCCCCAGAAAAUUUCCGGCCACUGGCUUUCAUUUGAUCGAUUCAUCCAUGGAAAUUGAAGAGGAGGCGUUGCCAACCUAUAACCCUGAGAAAUACUACCCUGUUCAACAAGGAGAAAUUCUCAAUGACCGGUAUCAAGUAGUAGCUAAGCUGGGCUAUGGCGUGACAUCAACUGUUUGGUUUGGUCGUGAUUUACUUGACUCCAAAUAUGUCGCCUUGAAGGUCUGCGUAACAGGCCAAGAAGAGAAUCGGGAGCUGAAUAUUUAUGACCGGAUCAAUUCUGUGCAAACGACACAUCCGGGCAGGAGAUUCAUUCGCAAACUCUACAGCUCCUUCUUUAUUGAGGGCCCUCAUGGACGCCAUCUUUGCCUUGUGCAUGAGCUGUUGGGGGAAAACGCUCUUGAAGUGGUGCAGAUGGGCCCUGGCCGUGCCAUGACUAUCAGAAAUAUGAAACCCUGCAUAAGGCAGCUACUCGUUGUUUUGGAUUUUUUGCACUCCGAGUCGUUGCAAGUGAUUCAUACAGAUCUCCAAUUGAAAAAUCUACUUCUCCCUUCCCCUGAAACAAAUAUGCUUUUAAAAUUCGAAAACCAGGAAGUCAAAGCACCAUCAGCCAGGAAGGUACUGGAAGACCGGACAAUAUACACAUCCUCCAAAAACUUCCCCGGUGGUUCCGGCCUACCACUCCUCACUGAUUUCGGUGAAGCACGGUAUGGCAAAGAGCAUCACGCGGAUAUCAUGCCUAACAUGUACCGAGCGCCUGAAGUCAUUUUGAAAACAAGUUGGGACUGCAAAGUGGAUAUCUGGAGUGUUGCCAUGAUCGCGUGGGAUAUAGUUUGCCCUCACACCCUGAUUGAUGGUCACAAUCCAGAUGGGAUAUUCGAUGACAGGGUUCAUCUUGCGGAGUUAGUUGCACUCCUCGGUCCUCCCCCGCCUGAGUUCCGCAGUUCGAGCAAGCUUAGCUCGGUAUUCUGGGAUGAAUCUGGCAAUUGGAAAGGCCUAGCCCCUAUUCCCGAUAUCACUCUGGAAGGCUUGGCCACCAAAAUCAAGGGAGGCGAUACGGAGGGCUUCUUGAGGUGGCUGCGGGCAGCGCUGCAAUGGAACCCGAAAGACAGGCCGACCGCCAUAGAACUGUUGUAUGAUGACUGGCUGCUGGAGGGUCUCCCUCUUGGGAAAACAGAAAAAACGGAAAAGUAG